CCCCUUUGGAAGUAAAGUCCACUCAACCUCACAGACUUAGAAGGCUCGCUUGUUUUUGCUGUGCAGCGGAAUGAAAUGCCUUUAAAAAAAAAGUGACUUUCUGAAAACUCGUAGACUUUCUUUUCCUUCCCAGAUUGCCUCAUCUGGAUUCCUUUGCUGAACACCACAUCAAAGAGACCGACCAUCAUGCGGCGGAGGGCAGGGAAGGCCCGGCCUUACACUAAAGCCCUGGAUGGAGGUUGGGGAUGGAUGGUUGUAUUUCAUUUCUUCCUGGUAAAUGUGUUUGUGAUGGGAAUGACCAAGACGUUUGCAAUUUUCUUUGUGGUUUUCCAAGAAGAAUUUGAAAGCAGCUCAAGGCAAACUGGCUGGAUUGGAUCCAUCAUGUCAUCAAUUAGUUACUCUGCAGGACCUCUGGUUGCCAUGAUUUGUGACAUAACCGGAGAGAAGACUGCCUCCAUUCUCGGGGCUCUCCUUGUUACUGGUGGAUAUCUGAUCAGCAGCUGGGCCACUAGCAUUCCCUUUCUUUGUGUGACUAUGGGACUUUUACCUGGUUUGGGUGCUGCUUUCUUGUACCAAACAGCUGCUGUGGUAACUACCAAAUACUUCAAAAAACGACUGGCUCUUUCUACAGCUAUUGCCCGUUCUGGGAUGGGACUCACAUUUCUGUUAGCACCUUUAACAAAAGUCCUGAUAGAUCUGUAUGACUGGACAGGUGCCCUUAUACUACUUGGAGCACUUACACUGAAUUUGGUGCCUUCCAGUAUGCUCUUAAGACCCAUCCAUAUUGCAAGCGAGAACAAUUCUGAUGUUAAAAAGAGAAGUAGCCGCUUGUCUACAAGUAACCCAGGGGCAGUGUGUGCGACAGAAACGUCAUCCUGCAAUGAGACACAAGAGGUCACCACCAUCAGGGACAGUGCUAUGCAGAAGGCUGGACAACCUGGUCCAAGUUUAAUAGUGUCACAAAAUAAAAGCAAAGAGUUCAACAAUGGGCCUGAUGGAAACCGUGUGUUCCUAAUAACCAAUGAAGACGGUUAUGAGAAAGAGGCUAUUUCACGGAGCUGUAAGCAAAACUUCGACAUUUCCCUUUUUAAAAAUCCCUUCUUCUACAUAUUUACCUGGUCUUUCCUCCUCAGUCAGUUGGCAUAUUUCAUCCCUACUUUUCACCUGGUAGCCAGAGCCAAAACACUGGGGAUUGACUUCAUGGAUGCCACCUUCCUCGUUUCGGUAGCUGGCAUCACUGAGACAGUCAGUCAAAUAGUCUCCGGAUGGGUUGCUGAUCAAGACUGGAUCAAGAAGUAUCAUUACCACAAGUCUUACCUCAUCCUCUGCGGUUUCACUAACCUGCUUGCUCCUCUGGCCACCACAUUUCCACUACUUAUGACCUAUGCCAUCUUCUUUGCCGUUUUUGCUGGUGGUUACCUGGCAACGGUACUUCCUGUACUGGUUGAUCUGUCUGGGAGUUCUAGAAUACACAGGUUCCUGGGACUUGCCGCUUUCUUUGCUGGGAUGGCUGUCCUUUCUGGACCACCUAUAGCAGGCUGGUUAUAUGAUUACACCCAGACCUACACUGGCUCCUUCUACUUCUGGCACAUGUUAUCUCCUCUCUUCGGUCUCCUUUUUCUUUGUACCCUUGGCUGAGAGGUGGAAAAAACAGAGCCUGACCAGGAAGAGAAAGGACUGCAAUGAAGCGAGAGCUUAACAAAACAAAAUCUAAACAAAGAAGUCACUGGAACAGCAGCUUGGAAGAAAACAGUUUCCGGGGUGCCUGGUGGCUCAGUCGGUUAAGUGUCCAACUUUGGCUCAGGUCAUGAUCUCACAGUUCGUGAGCUCCAGCCCCGCGUCGGGCUCUGUGCUGACAGCUUGGAGCCUGGAACCUGUUUCAGAUUCCGUGUCUCCCUCUGUCCCUCCUCUGCUCAUGCUCUCUCUCAAAAUAUAUAAACAUACAUUUAAAAAAUUAAAAAAAAUAGUCUAUAUGGAAAAAUCAUUAAAAAAAAAAGUUUCCUCAUUUAUAAAAUGAGAAGGCAAACCAGACAGUUUUUAAGGUUCCUUUUUGCUUCAGCAUUCUGAGCAAUGUCUAACUGCUAGUAAGAGUAAUAAACACUUAAACGAAGUCCUUUAUUAGUAUUUAAUCAAAUAGGCUAAACUCUUCAUCAGUCAAAACAACUACCUUACGUAUUAAAUAAAAAUCAGAAUGUACUGUAAUAAUAAAUUGACCAAACUCUCAACUGUGUCAUGGUAAUUCAGUCACUAAAAUAUGUAAAGAUGAAAAACCACUCUUGUCAGCUUAAAAAAGUGUUAAAUGUAGGAGUGCCUGCGUGGCUCAGCUGGUUGGGCAUCCGACUUCGGCUUCGGUCAUGAUUCUUUGAUUCUGCUGUUUGUGGGUUCGAGCCCCGCAUCGGGCUCUGUGCUGAUGGCUCAAAGCCUGGAGCCUGUUUCGGAUUCUGUGUCUCCCUCUCUCUCUGCUCCUCCCCCACUCCUGCUCUGUCUCUUUCUGUCUCUCAAAAAUAAAUAAACGUUAAAAAAAAAA